CUGUCCCGACUCCGACUGUACUGCUCCGUGCAACUCCACCGACCGCCACCACUUCGCCCCGCGCCACUCUUCUGUACUGUUCCGCCUUGCUCUGUGUUCUGUUCUCUUCUAUCCUGCUCACUGCUCAGUUCGCCUACAGUCUUACAGUGAGCAACAUGGCCGUCCCAAUCCUGCUCUCGAGCCUCGCCCUCCUGGCUCUAAGCGCCACCGCCUUCGCCGCCGCCCCCAUGACGCAAGAGAAGAUCCCUGUGACAGUGUACUUCGAGUCGUACUGCCCGGACAGUGUCAAGUUCCUCACCAAGCAACUCUACCCUACCUUCCUGACACCUCUUGGCCAGUACAUGACGGUUUCCCUGAUACCCUAUGGCAAAGCUAAGACCCAAAGGGCAGAAUCAGGUGACGUCACAUUUUCUUGCCAUCACGGGGAGAAGGAGUGUCGAGGCAACAAAGCGAUAGCCUGUACUCUCAAGAGCCCAUCAUCGACUUUUGAGGACCAGUUCAAGUUCAUCAACUGUACCAGUUCGAUCAUAGCAGCAAAUAUAAAUAUGGAGCAAUACCCCAUAAAUGAUUGUGCGGCUGGAAGCAUCUUCAAGGCCAAUGAUAUUCAGAUGUGUAUGGAAGGCGCGUGAACGGUACUGAAUAUUUGGAUGAGUACGGAAACAGAACCAGUGAACUGACUCCUCCCUUAACCUCAGUGCCAACUGUAGUUUUGGGCGAGAAAUUUGUGGAGGCAGACAGCAAGAUGGCCGUCUCCGACUUUAGGAAAGCACUUUGCAGCAAGAUCUCCGGAGUGAAGCCCAGCGAGUGCAUGAAAAGUGCUGCAGUUUCUCUGCAGACAGCAGUGCUACCUCUUGUCGCAGCAUUCCUCCUCAUCUCCAGACUCUAACCUCACAAUCAAACUAUUGUAACAUUCAUGGAUCUAUUGUAGUGGUCUAGAUAUUUAGUUUAUUAAGUCUACUUGUACUUAUGUUUGUCCUCUUAUAGGAGUGUGAUGAUUCCAGACUUGUAUUUAGCUUGUGCAUAAGUUAUUUAACAAUAAAGAAUUUUUAUACAAAUAA